UUCUUCUGCCGCUAACUUCCUCUCUUGGCUCCACUCUUUAUCUUUUUCUGCUCGCUCGGGUUUUCUUUCUCUUCCGGUUGUCGUCUGUUCGUGUGGCAGAUUAACCAGCGUCGAAAUGGCCAAGUCUAAGAACCACACAACCCACAACCAGUCUCGGAAACACCACAGGAAUGGCAUCAAGAAGCCACGAUCACAGCGAUAUGAAUCUCUGAAGGGGGUGGACCCCAAGUUCCUGAGGAAUAUGCGCUUUGCUAAGAAGCACAACAAGAAGGGCUUGAAGGCAGCACGGAAGGCCGCUAUGGAGAAAUAAGCAGCUAGCCCAUCACCUCAUGUCUGUCAGAGUCCAUUUUGUGUUACCAUCAUCAAAAUAAAGCUAUGCUUUGUUAACACACCAA